GCUCCCGGCCCCGGCCCCGGCCGCCGCCGCAUCGUGAUGCCGCAUCCCGCGGCGCCCCUCGGGGCCGUCCUGCUGCUCGUCCUGCUGGCGGCGGACUCCUCGCAGACCGUGCUGCUGCGCGCCCCGGAAGCUGCCCAGUUCCUGCGGCAGAGGCAGCGCCGAGCCUACCAGAUCUUCGAGGAGACCAAGCAAGGGCACCUGGAGAGGGAGUGCGUGGAGGAGCACUGCAGCAAGGAGGAGGCCCGGGAGGUGUUUGAGAAUGACCCGGAGACGGAUUAUUUUUACCCGAAAUACUUGGCUUGUAUUCAGAAAUAUGGGUCGCCGUAUACGAGAAAUCCAGAUUUCCUUACAUGUGUUCAUAAUUUGCCAAACCAGUGUUCUCCCAAUCCUUGUCAUAAAGAAGGGACUGUCAAAUGCGAGGAUCUCAAGGGGGAUUUCUAUUGUGAAUGCAAGCAUGGCUGGCAGGGAAAAAAAUGUGAAAAAGAUGUUGAUGAAUGCAGAAUGCAGAACGGCGGCUGUAACCAGCUCUGCCUCAACAAGCUAGGCAGCUACCGGUGCUCAUGCUACAGUGGCUAUGCUCUUAAAGACAGCAAAAUAUGUGAAGAUAUAGAUGAAUGCACAGCAUCAGCAGACAUCUGUGGAGAAGCUCACUGUAAAAAUUUAAUUAGCUCAUAUGAAUGUCUUUGCGAUGCAGGCUACAAGUACGAUAACGUGAGAAAAACUUGUCAGGAUAUAGAUGAAUGCGAAGAAAAGCUCUGUGAACAGACCUGUGUCAAUUCACCAGGGAGUUACACUUGUCAUUGUGAUGGCAGAGGGGGAGUGAAACUGUCCCAGGACAUGAAUACAUGUGAGAACAUCAUACCAUGUGUGCCUUUUGCUGUUGGAAGGAGUAUUAAAUCCUUGCACCUGGGGAGGAUGUUCAGUGGCACUCCUGUUAUCAGGCUGCGCUUCAAAAGGAAACAACUGACAAGACUUGUGGCUGAGUUCGACUUUAGAACCUUUGAUCCUGAAGGUAUCCUUUUCUUUGCUGGAGGCCAUCAAGACAGCACAUGGAUAGUGUUGGCUUUGCGCAAAGGACGGCUGGAGCUGCAGCUGAAAUACAGCGGAAUCGGCCGCGUCACCAGCACCGGGCCACUUAUCAACCACGGCAUGUGGCAAACGAUCUCUGUUGAGGAACUUGAAAGAAAUUUGAUUGUAAAGGUCAACAGGGAUGCAGUUAUGAAAAUAGCUGUCUCAGGAAACCUGUUUACACUAGACAAGGGAGUGUAUCAGCUGAAUUUGACAGUAGGAGGCAUUCCUUUCAAAACCAAGGACCUUAUUGUACCGAUAAACCCUCGGCUGGAUGGUUGCAUGCGGGCAUGGAACUGGCUGAAUGGGGAGGACACCUCUAUCCAAGAGACCAUAAAGAUGAAUGAAAAGAUGCAGUGCUUUGCUGUAGCAGGACGAGGGUCUUUCUAUCCUGGCCGAGGUUUUGCUGUGUUUAAUCUUACUUACAUGCAACCUUCUUCUGGAAAUGAAACCAAGACAAAUUGGGAAAUUGAAGUAAAUGCUGUAAUUCAACCAGCAACAGAUACUGGUGUGCUGUUUGCCCUAGUUACAGAAGAAGCAUCUGUCCCGUUAUCACUAUCUCUGAUUGACUAUCACUCCACAAAGAAAGUGAAGCAACAGUUUAUCAUCAUGGCCUUGGAGAACACAGUUGUGUCCAGACUGGCAAUAAAUCUCUGUGAUAAAAAGGAACACUCUGUAGAUGUCCUCCUCAGGAAAGAUCACUUAUCCCUGAGGGUAGAUGGGAAAGCAGGAGAGAGUGAACUAAGCAUCUCUGAGUUGGAGGACAGUCUGUCCAUCUUGGAGAGCUCUUUGCAGUCAACGAAGACAUACGUGGGAGGAUUGCCAGAUGUUCCUGUCACUUCCACUCCGGUCACCGCAUCCUACCACGGCUGCAUGACCCUCAAACUGAGCAACAUGGCACUGGACUUAGAUGAGGCUCUGUACAAGCACAGUGACAUCACCUCACAUUCCUGUCCUCCAGUCCAGGAGGGUCAGUAGGUACCACUGCAAUGCGAAAGUUUUAUACUCAGAAACUUUCAGUGCUUUUCUUUUUUUAAAAGAUAUAAAUUAUUCAGAUCUACCACACUGCGUGUAUAGUUUCUCUUAAACACUGAAGUUAUGUAGAAGCUACUGAUCCUUUUGUCAGAUUGAUUAUUGAAAUACUCUUUGCUUUGAGGUAUAAAGGUUGUAAUAUAUUUGUAAAUAGUUAAGAAGACUAAUAUUAAAUACAUCUAAAGUACAGAUUGUACUGAAAGUGAAUACUAUCUUUAGACUGUAAGAGACAGUUUCAUCUAUAAUGUGGGAAACCUGGUAACAUAUGAGUAUGGACUGGAAGAAAAAUAAUAAUUCUGUAUUAUUUUUUAUUACCAAACACUGCUUUCUGAUUUGCAAAAUAUGAGAGAAUAAAAUAUUUACAUACAAGUUUUUAAUUUACCUGUACUAAGGUUAUUCUGUAUUCUGGUAUUUGGAGACAGUGACUCAGACUGUGCCUGAUGUGGAGGUUACACUGGGAGAGGGUGGGGGAGAGUGGAAGGAAGGGCUGCUUUUUUUUUUUUUUUUUUUUUUUUUGGAGGUUGUGCGUUGGGGGUUUAUAUGCUUUCAUCAGUAUUUCAUAUCUUCUUAGCUGAAGAGCAAAUGGUGGCUGCUAUUCUAACUGCUAGAGCUUCUCUUUCUGAGUACCACAAAAAAAAAGACCCAAUUGUGACCUUUAGAAAAACUCUUGGUCAACAGAAAAUGGAAAAUGAAUUUGGGUCAGCAGGAAACAUUUAAAAAAAAAGAUUCAAUAAGUUCAAAGCCGUACAGUUUUUUGUCAAUAGCUGCUGGAGUAAAUGAUGAGGUGUUGAGAAUUGGAGAAUAUUAUCUAGUGAUGACAUAUUUUUGCUGCUGCAUUUUUAUGUUGGCUCAUUCACUGUGAGCCUAGUGGCAUCAAAGAGGCUUGAGCUGUGAGAGUUAGCCAGGCUGAACAGCAUGAGGUGAGAAUAUCUGUGGGGUUUAUGAAGGAAAAGUUUUAGAGCCAUAAAUUGUGUUCAACUUUUCAUCUAUCCUUCUUUGUCUAGCUUGUCUUGAGUCACUUAAAUCUUGUUUUAUUUGGUCUUUGCCUUGCAUCAAAUUAAUAAACUGAGUAAUAUUGGUAUAUGCCGUGGUGCAAAAUCCAAAUACUGAGUGGGUAAGGUUACUGGAUUAGCAUGAAAAAGGUUUAAUUCUGCAAGGUUUUUUAUAAAUGAUUCUUGGUCAGGCAUGUUAUGUUUUCCCUAAGCAGAUAAGCAGAUGACGCAUUAGUCUAAUAAUCCUCAUGUGUGGCAACAUCUGUGACCAAACUGUGAAGAUAAACUGUCCCAGAGGAAAAGAGUAAAGAAGGGGAAGACUAUUUCAAGCCUAUUUUCUGGCAAAGAUCUCUGUUUUAUUUAGCAGAGAAGAGGAAGGUACUCUGUUAGCCAUUAGACAAGGCAUCAUAGCAUCUUACCAUGAGCCAAUCAAUCAGCAGCAAUAGAGAAGGGCAGAAAAGAACAGAACUUUAUCACUUUCAACCAACCUACUCAUUUAUACUUUGAGAAGGAUCUACUGUCAGGUCUGAGCAGACAGAAGUUUGAAAGGAAAUUUCCCACUAGACAGUAAUAACUUACUGGUAGACUGUGCAUGGAUAGGAAAACCCAGGAGUUCUAAGUUUUUGCUUUUUUUUUUUUUAGUUGAGCAAGGGAAACCACCUUGUUCCUGAAAGUACUUUAUGUUACUACUGAUGACUCUGAAUCAAUUUGUGAUCCCGUAUGGAGCUGUAGUUUGGGUUUGUGCUGGAAACAAUGUUGAUAACUCCGGGAUGUUUUAGCCAUUGCUGAGCAGGGCUUGCACAGUGUCAAGACCUUUUCUGUUUCUCACCCCACCAGUGAGGUGGCUCGGGGUGCACAAGGAGUUGGGAGGGGACAGAGCCAAACAGCUGAUCCCAAGUGACCAGAGGGAUAUCCCACACCAUAUGGCCUCAUGAUCAGCACUUGAAGCUGGGGGACAAAAGGGGAAGGGGAAGGACACUUAGAGUGAUGGUCUUUGUCUUCCCAAGUCACUGUUUCACAUGAUGUUGCCCAGAUUCCCUGGAGAUGUCUGAACACUCGCCUGCUCAUGGGAAGUGGUGGAUGAAUUCCUUGUUCUGCUUUGCUGGUGUGUGUAGCUUUUGCUUUACCUAGUAAACUGUCUCUAUCUCA